AUGUCGGAGGAACGGAGUUCCAACCUUCAACGUUUCUCCGGCGACGAUGAUGACGCCGGAAAAGCCCUCAAGAAGUGGAAGGCAUGGGUUCUUGCACGGAUGAUCACUGUCAAAGACUUGUCCAAGGAGCAGCGCGGCCCGAUGGUGGAGACAAGACCAUCUGGACUCUGCUCGAGGAUUGCUUUCCAGAAGGAGGUCCACGACCAGAUGGGAGAGGCACUCGGAGAAGUUUUCGCCACUCAGGAUGGCGAAGCGAUGAAGGAGUGGACUGCCCGAGUGCGUGAGACCUUCGAGAAGUGCCAGCGGAAGGCCAAGGUGGACUUCCCUGUGGAAGCAAGGGGCUGGAUAGCCCUACACUGCGCUGGCCUGUCCGAAGAGCAGAAGGCCAUAGUGAAGGCAAAGACCCAAGGCAAGUUGGACCUGGAGACGGUCAGCGCGGGCAUUCGCUCGUGCUUUCCCACGUACCGCGCUGGCGGCUCAAAGUCCAGAAGGGCGACUUCUGUCUUCAUCGCGGAGGAGAACGACAACACGCCCGAGGACGAUGAGACGAACGACUUCCCGGAUGUCGAGGCUUUCCUCUCCGACUUCGGCCAGACGGUCAACGAGGAGGACCCCCUUUCGGAGGGCGACGUUGCCGAAGCGCUCGCGGUCAGCUGGAAGGAGCGCAGGGCCGAGAUAGGCAAGCUGCAGAAGUCCCGAAAGUUUGGGGCUGCCGACCAAGCCCGCCGCAGCUUCAGAAUAGAAGUUGAAGAGCUCAAGCGGCGCCCACGUUGCCGCCGCUGCGGCAAGCUAGAGAAGGACAACCGUGCGGCGGAGACGCUGCUGGCCCAGCCCGAGAACGUCGAGGAGGAGAUCUACUUCGUGGGAGCUGCCGAGGAGUGCAUCCCAGUGGCCAUCAACGGUAUGCGAGCACUCGCGGGAAGGCCCCGCAUGCUUGGACGCCCGACACUGCAAAAGCUGUGCAUGAGCGUGGAGUUUGCCAAGGGUGAGGCCCAGAUCCUAGACCAGGACUCCAGGGUGCCGUUGGAGCGGAACAGCGCUGGUCAGCUCCUUCUCAGGCUCGUGGACUUCCCCGUAUCACAGGCUAGGACGGGAGCAGCAUCUGCCAUUGCAGAAUCCUUUGCCGUGCAGCAGGAGGAAGAUCUGAUCGAUCUCCAGCCAUAUGAGUGCCUUGCUGGGUCAGCACCCAGCACCGGUAGCAACACCGCGUUCCUCAGGAACUCAUUCUUGAUCCGUCGCAGCCCGACCUUGCUGAAGCCUUGUGUUCUGCCUGUGAAAGCGAGGGUUGAGCGUCACGGUGGUCUUUUCGCCAGAGUUUUCGAGAAAGUUUUGCACGACAACCAGCCAACAGACGAGUCUGCGUGGCGAGAGUGCGUGAAUCCCCGUAUCCCCUCAGAUCUGACGCAAGAAAACCCUGACAUCAUAGCCACGGAUGCGUCAUCCUGCGAUCAUGCUUUGCGACGUCAAGCCGAGAUCCGUCUGUCGGCUCGCCGAGCUAUGGUUGCUAGCCAGGAGGCGAUAGCAGCUGUUCCGCCCGCUUUGCCUGUGUCAAGUGGUGUCCCUGAAGAGCCACCCUCUCCUGCAGAACAACCUGCCUACGCUCGCCGCGUAAGGCAGAGGAUCUCAUGGAGACAUCAUGAGAUGCUUGAAGAAGUCAUGCCCAAGGACACCAUGGAUGCUCUGCGACAAGAGUGUCCAGCAGCCACAGAGUUUGUUCUAGAUACGAAGUACUGGCAACGCGCGGAGGCGCAGCGCAUCCGGGACAGGUACCCGGACCGUUUUGUUGGAAGCCGCUUCGUAAUCACCAACAAGGUGGAUGAAGACGGUGAGUUUUGCGGAGCGCAAUACGUUCAAGACCCUGAGACCUUCGAGAUCUCCUAUCAUCAGAAAGAGUAUGCGUCCUUCCUUCGACCUGUUAACCUCUCCAAGUCCCGGGCUAGCCAGAAGGAUGCCCUUGCCUCCUCCAAGGAGGUUGUAGCCCUCCGUGGUCUCAACGGGGAUGUUGAGAUUCAUGUCCGGUCUGUGCCUCUGGAACGUUUGUGCAUUUGUAUGCACAGUGACGCAGCUUGGGGCAACGCAAAAGGUGAGCGCGCGCAAGCAGGCUACGUGCUUGCGUUUGCCGAAAGGGGCGGCGAAGCCCAAGCCUUUUCGUGUGCAGCUGCUCAAGCAGAGUGGAUGUCGCUGCUUCUCGCGGAAGCGUUGCACGGCUCUUUCGACCUGCGCAGUUGCGAGCCUCUCCUGCGGAAAACGCCAAUGGUAGGCAUCACAGACUGCAAGAGUCUGUACGAUCACGUGGCUAGCCUGUCGUCCUUGUCCGGUGUUCAGGAUAAGCGGGUCUGUGUAGACAUUGCAAUCAUUAAGCAAUCCACAGAGCGGGCUGACCUUAAGAUCAGAUGGGCGCCGUCUGAGUUGAUGGUUUGCGAUGCACUCACCAAAGACAAGUCUGGUCCAGCCGAUCUUCUUAGAGCGAUCCUCUCUUUAGGUAGAUACCAGUUGGCCCCAGAAGCUGAAGUCCUCAGGGCCAAGAAGGCUCAUCGCGAGCUUUUGCAGGCGCAGAAG